UGGUCCCCAGGUCCCCGAUGCCACCUCCCAGCCACACCAACGGGGACGCCUCACUGGAGAGGUUGGCCACACGUGUCCAGGUGAGCCCCAGCACGCCCUGUCCCCCCACCCAGGGCUGGUGGCAGCUGCUGGUGUCACCUUCCCCUCCCCAGGACACGCUGCGGAUGCAGGAUGAGAGCCAAGGUGCCCUGAGAGCCCCCAACCCCAGCCUGGCAUCCCCCAUCCACCUGCCCCACAGUGCCAGCUCACAGCCCCUGGAGGAGGAGUUUGCCUGUCCCGGCCUCUGCCAGGAGCGAGGAAUCCUGACCCGCCAGAACAGCUGCCAGGGAUCCAUCCUGCCUCCACCCCCCUGCCCACCCUCACCGGGGUUUGGAGCCCCCCAAAACCCCUGGGAGACGCACAGGGAGCGUCGCCCUUCCCUCUCUCCCAACACCUGCAACAGACAUCUCCCCCUCGGGGUGCCGUCCCACAGCCAGGGCUCGGAGCCGGCCAUGAGGCGCUUGGAGGAGGACUCGGAGGUCUACAAGAUGCUGCAGGAGAACCGGGAGCUGCGGGCGGCCCCGCGGCAAUCCAGCACCUUCCGCCUGCUCCAGGAGGCGCUGGAGGACGAGGGAGGAGGUGGUCCCACAGCCCCCUUCCCCAGCCGGCUCUCGUCCAGCGCCCGCAAACCCGUGGCCGGGGUCCAGAAGCUGCACGUCUGCGAGAAGUGCGGGAGCAGCAUCGCCACGCAGGCGGUGCGGAUCCAGGACGGGCGGUACCGGCACCCGUCCUGCUACAGCUGCGCCGACUGCGGCCUCAACCUCAAGAUGAGGGGCCACUUCUGGGUGGGCGACGAGCUGUUCUGCGAGAAACACGCCCGCCUGCGCUACCAGGGCCCCCCGGGGGCGCCCGUGUCCCCCCCGCCCGUGUCCCCCCACUCCUGAGCC